GGCAACGCCUUUCGCCGGGGCGAGCGCCUUCCCGCCACACCCAUCGCUCGGUCGCCCGCCCUCCCGCCCGUCUGUGCUUUUGCCUCCUCCCCCGCUUGUCUCGGGGCUGCCUCCUUUUCCCCGUCGAGCCGUCAGUCAUGAGUGACGGGAUUCACGCCGUUGGCCACCUGCUCCCCCCAGCUGGGGUGGCCCUCUUUGAGAUGCUCCUCGGCAGCGAGGAGUGCACUCGGGUUUUCCUCCUUAAGCGCGACUUCAGUACGUCGCGCUCGACUGUCCCGGCUGUUCUUGUGCCGCUUCUUCCUCCGAGCUGGGUCCUGUGAAACUGACACCGUCGGCUCGCGCUCCCUCCCUCCCCUGCCCGCCCACGGCAGCCGACCCGGUCUGCCUGUCGCUCAUGCUGAGCAAGUGCCUCUCCUAUGCCAUGCUCCUGUCUGGGGCCAUCAUCAAGGUCCCGCAAAUCCUCAUUAUCCUGAAGAACCGGCGCGCGGCCGGGCUCUCGCUCAUGUCUUUGGUCAUGGAGCUGGUGUGCUACUCCAUCUCCAUCACCUACAGCUACCGUCGUGGGUUUGCCUUCUCCAGCUACGGCGAGACCGCUCUGAUUGCCGUGCAGGAUAUCUCCCUCAUCUUCCUGGUUCUGGCCCUGUCCAAUCGCCUUGGUUUGCUGGCCCUUUCGCCGGUGCUCCUGGGUCUGUGGGGCGCCUUCAUGUUCUUUGCCACCGGUGACAUGCUGAAGCUGAUGCAGAGCGCCACCAUCCCUGUUCUCCUCCUGAGUCGCCUGCCGCAGAUCAUCAGCAACUUCCGGAAUGGGCACACCGGCGACCUGUCGGCCAUUGGUGUGUUUGCCUUCUGCAUUGGUCCUCUGGCGCGUAUCUUCACCACGCUCAAGGAGGCCAACGACCCGAUCAUCCUCCUCGGCUUUGCCCUGAGCCUCCUGGUGAAUGGCACCCUGGCCGCGCAGAUGAUUUAUUACUGGAACAGCCGCCCGGCCGCCCAGAAGGAGGACUGAUCCGCUGGCACCUACGCAUAAGGGCGUGACAAACCGGCUGGACGUAGAGCUCCACGAGGUGGAUCACGCGACACAACACAGUGGAAUGUACCUGGCCUGCCUGGCCCCGGCUCCUUGUGCACCCCGGCCGCGGGGCGCUUCCUUCGUC